UCCUUUUCUCCAAACCAAACCAAACCAACCUUCUUAUUUCUCUACCUCUCUUUCUCUUCUCUCCACCUGUAGACCGUUGCAGAGUCCAUUCGAAGACACGUCUUCAUUUCCUUUCUCUUCCAUUUCUCUCCCUCCUCCCAGAAAGAAAAAGAAAAGAAAAGAAAAGAAAAGAUAAGCCAUUAGCAGCUUCUCUGAGUUUGGAAGCUCAUCAUCAUGAAUAAUGCUUCUUUGAUGGCUUCUUCUUCUCUCAGGAAGCUCUUAGCUCUGUUUCUGCUACUGGGUAUUCUUGGAAACCAUGUUGUCCAUGCAAGGUUUGUGGUGGAGACAGAGAGCAUCAGAGUUCUAUCUCCAUUGCGUAUGCGUGGUAAGCAUGAUGGUGCUAUUGGGAACUUUGGAGUUCCUGACUAUGGAGGUUUCAUUGUUGGUUCGGUUGUUUAUCCCGAUAAAGCGUCUUUUGGGUGUGAGCCUUUUGAAGGUGGUAAGCCUUUCAAACCUCGGUUUCCUCGCCUCACUGUUCUUCUUCUUGAUCGUGGAGGUUGCUACUUUGCAUUGAAGGUAUGGAAUGCUCAACAGGCUGGGGCUUCAGCAGUUUUGGUUGCUGAUACUGUCGAAGAGCCUCUAAUAACAAUGGAUUCUCCCGAGGAGAGCAAUGAUGCAGAUGCGUACAUUGAGAAGAUUGGAAUUCCAUCGGCUUUGAUAAAGAAAUCUUUUGGUGACAGCUUGAAGGAGGCUUUGAAGAACAAGGAAGAUGUUGUGAUCAAAUUAGACUGGAGAGAAUCAAUGCCCCACCCUGAUCAGAGAGUUGAGUAUGAGUUCUGGACAAAUAGCAAUGAUGAGUGUGGGGCUCGUUGUGAUGAGCAGAUGGAUUUCGUGAAGAGUUUCAAGGGUCAUGCUCAGAUUCUUGAGAAAGGGGGUUACACUCUCUUCACUCCACACUACAUAACUUGGUAUUGUCCUCAGGCUUUCGUCCUUACCAGUCAAUGCAAGUCUCAAUGCAUAAACCAUGGGAGAUAUUGUGCACCUGAUCCAGAGAAGGAUUUCGGAGAAGGGUAUGAAGGGAAGGAUGUGGUGUUUGAGAACUUGAGGCAGCUUUGUGUGCAUAGAGUUGCUAAUGAAAGCAACCGAUCAUGGGUUUGGUGGGAUUUCGUGACUGACUUUCAUAUCAGAUGUUCCAUGAAAAAUAAGAGAUAUAGCAAAGAAUGUGCUGAGGAAGUCAUGAAAUCUCUUGAUUUACCCAUUGAGAAGAUUCAGAAAUGUAUGGGUGACCCUUUAGCUGAUGUGGAGAAUGAAGUGCUAAAAAAUGAGCAAAUAGUGCAGGUUGGGAAAGGAUCUCGUGGUGAUGUUACCAUCUUGCCAACAUUGGUUAUUAACGAUGCUCAGUAUCGAGGAAAAUUGGAGAGAACAUCUGUUCUGAAGGCCAUAUGUUCUGGAUUUAAGGAGUCAACUGAGCCUGCAGUUUGUUUAAGUGGAGAUCUUGAGACUAAUGAGUGCCUUCACAACAACGGUGGCUGUUGGCGGGACAAGCAUUCUAAUAUAUCUGCUUGCAAGGAUACAUUUAGGGGAAGAGUUUGUGAGUGCCCUGCUGUGAAUGGUGUUCAGUACAAGGGUGAUGGUUAUACAUCUUGUGAAGCUUAUGGACCUGCUAGGUGCACAAUUAACAAUGGAGGAUGUUGGUCAGAGACUAGACACGGGUUAACUUUCUCAGCUUGCUCGAACUCUGAACUAUCUGGCUGCCGAUGCCCUGAAGGCUUUCACGGGGAUGGUCAUAAAUGUGAAGAUGUCAACGAAUGCAAGGAACGAACUGCUUGUCAAUGUAAUGGUUGCAGCUGUAAGAACACUUGGGGUGGAUAUGAAUGCAAGUGCAAGGGAAACCAACUCUAUAUAAAGGAGAAUGAUACAUGUAUCGAAAGACAUGGAUCAAGAUUUGCAUUGUUCCUCACUUUCCUCGUCCUUGUGGCCGUAGCAGGAGCUGGUAUAGCUGGUUAUGUAUUUUACAAGUAUAGACUUCGGUCUUACAUGGACUCAGAGAUCAUGGCAAUUAUGUCCCAGUACAUGCCUCUCGACAAUAAUCAUCACAAUCAAGUCCAAACCGCGGAGGCAGAACCUUUACGACGAACAUAAGUGUGACUGUAUAUGUGGAUAUACAUACGAGAAAUGAAAAGCUAAAGGAGUUGCUGCUGCCAGAAAGCAUCCAUAGAAGGAAUAGAUAUUAGGAAUUUCAUACAAAGACCAGAGAGAGAGAGAGAGAACCAGUUCCAUUGUACCACCAUUUUAGGAUUUAAUGUCUUUUUGAGAUUCUACAUAUAGGAGUUUUCUCAUGGAACAAUUUUUAACUGUGUAAAUAAAGUUGUCAUGGUGUAAAUUGUUACCUAAGGUAAAAAUGAGUAUUGAAUAUAAUGAUCAAUAAUACAUAGAUAAUGGA